UCACAUGACUUGCCUCCCAGCCACGGAAGCCUCCGCCACAUGGAGGUAAAAGUCCAUCCAGUGGAGGCAGAUAUUACAAUACACAGUCCAUAUUAGGAAGCUGGUGUUCUGGAUUGGUAACUCACAGGUCACCAGUGUCAUCUUAUGGACACAUGACUAUCAUGUGAUAGUCACAUGACGUGGUUUGCCUAGCUUCAUUCCCAGGCCCUCAUGUGUACAUUAGCAGUUGUAAAUGUACAAGGUAAUCAUGUGUUUGCUUCAAUAGACACUCAUGUACCUAUAUACACAGAGAGAAACCAUAUCUAGAAAUCUGGUGAGCCUAUAUACCCAUUUUUUGUGUAGGUGCGCAAGGGGUGUGCCUAAACAAACAGCCCACACAGAUUAUCAUGAGAGUUAUGCAAUUUCAUACACAAGCUAUAUAUAUUUAUAGGCAACUGGCAAGGACACUCGGGAUAACACUUUCAAAAAGAGCUGCCCUGGGUGGGAUUCGAACCCACGGCCCUCUGCACUCUAGUACACUGUGCACUAACCAUCUACACACACACACACACACACACACACACACACAUGUAUAAACAUACACACAGUUGAUGGGAGGCAUUGGGAUCAUACAUCAUAACUGUGACGUCGAACCUCAGGCCAACGAAGUCAGAAAAGUCAAGAAAUAUAAGCAGGGGUUCAUAAUGGACCCAGUCUGUAUGAGUCCACAGAACACGCUCAACGAUCUCGUCAACUUGAAGAAGAAAUCUGGAUUUUCAGGAAUCCCGAUCACAGACACGGGGAAGAUGGGAGGUGUUCUGAAAGGAAUCGUCACCUCGAGAGACGUGGACUUUCUAGAAGACGACAGUCUCAGUAGACCUCUCAGUGAUCUAAUGACUCCGCGGGAGGACCUGGUGGUUGCCCAUUACGGCUGUACGUUGGAAGAGGCCCAUCAGAUACUGCAGACCAACAAAAAAGGAAAACUCCCAAUUGUCAACGAGAAGGACGAGUUGAUAGCGCUGAUAGCCAGAACUGACCUCAAAAAGAGCAGAAACUUUCCCCUUGCCAGCAAGGAAGACAAGAACCAGCUACUCGUGGGUGCGUCUGUCUCGACAUUUGCCACGGAGAGAGAGAGAUUGGAGGCAUUGGUUGGAGCUGGUCUGGACGUUGUUGUACUGGAUUCUUCGCAGGGGAACUCAAUAUUCCUCAUAGACAUGGUGAAAUACAUCAAGGAAAAAUAUCCCGAUCUUGAAGUGAUUGGCGGGAACGUGGUUACGGCUCAGCAGGCUAAGAACCUGAUAGACGCCGGAGUGGAUGCCCUGAGAGUUGGCAUGGGCAGUGGGUCCAUCUGCAUCACUCAGGAGGUACUAGCAGUGGGCAGACCGCAAGGCACUGCCGUUUACAAGGUCGCAGAAUACGCCCGCAGGUUUGGGGUGCCCGUCAUAGCAGACGGCGGUAUUCAGAACGUGGGCCACAUUGCAAAGGCCCUGGCUCUGGGUGCUAGUACAGUCAUGAUGGGCUCACUACUGGCGGGUACCUCAGAGGCCCCGGGGCAGUACUUCUUUCAGGACGGAGUACGACUGAAGAAAUACAGAGGUAUGGGUUCCCUGGUUGCCAUGGAGAGCGACGGGAGUCAGCAGAGAUAUUUCUCACAGUCCACCAGUGUCAAGGUGGCACAGGGAGUGUCAGGAUCAGUUGUGGACAAGGGAUCCAUCUACCUAUAUAUCCCCUACCUUUACUCAGGUCUCCAGCACAGUUGUCAAGACGUGGGUGCUCGCAGUCUUACCAACCUCCGCUCCAUGAUGUACAGCGGGGAGCUGCGGUUCGAGAAGAGGACAGGAUCGGCCAUUGUUGAGGGAGGGGUCCACGGCUUGCACUCAUACGAGAAGAGACUCUUCUGACCACCAACCACCAACCGGACAACCCCACCCUAUUUUCUACCAUCAUUGAUCCCCUCCCUCCCAAGUUUACUGUUUUCAAAAAACAACUAAAACUCAAUGAUCAGACAUAAUUUUCGUGUUUCAAAGAAAUAAAUUUUCAACCCGAUAUUAUUGUAUGCUUCAAAUGAUGUGUAUAUUAUAGCUCGACGACGACGUAAGACUACGAUUGUGCGUCUUUGUCGUAUAAAGAUUACGGAGUCGGGCACGGAUUGUGCGA